UUCAUGCCUUGGAGAAAUAACAAGGUCCAUCGUAAAGUAAUCAGUUAGUUGAUUACUAAUUUUUGUUAUGGCUUCUCCAAAGAGCAAGGUACUAAUUUUUGGAGGCACUGGUUACCUUGGUAAAUACAUGGUGAAGGCCAGCGUUUCUCAAGGCCAUCCCACUUUUGUCUACGUUCGACCAAUCAAUCCCCAUGAUGCCCAUCCCUCUAAGCUUCAACUCCACGUACAGUUUCAAUCCAUGGGUGUCACCGUCUUCCAAGGUGGAUUGGACGAGCACGAUAAACUUGUGAUGGCUCUAAAACAAGUGGAUGUGGUUAUAUCUACGUUGCCUGUUCCUCAACAUCUUGACCAAGUCAAGAUAAUCAAGGCCAUAGCAGAAGCUGGUAACAUCAAGAGAUUUGUUCCAUCAGAGUAUGGGAAUGAAGUGGACAGAGUGAGUGGAUUGCCACCUUUUGAGGCUUUACUUGAAAAUAAAAGGAAGAUCAGAAGAGCCACGGAGGCAGCAGGGAUUUUCUACACUUACGUCUCUGCAAAUGCAUUCGCAGCUUAUUUCAUUGAUUAUUUGCUUCAUCCACAUGAAACUCGAGACCAAGUCAUAGUUUAUGGCACCGGUCAUGCCAAGGUGGUGUUGAAUUACGAAGAAGAUGUAGCUGCAUAUACUGUAAAAGCAGCGAGUGAUGAAAGAGUGGUGAAUAGGGUUAUUAUAUGUAGGCCCCAACACAACAUUACAACUCAAUUAGAUUUGAUAUCUUCUUGGGAGAGGAAGACAGGUCGUACACUGCAAAGAACCUAUGUUCCCGAGGAAGAGUUGGUCAAGCUCUCCGAAACUCUACCAUUUCCAGACAACAUACCUGUGUCAAUUAUUCAUAACAUAUUCAUAAAAGGAGAUCAGAUGAGUUUCGGACUCACAGAAGACGACUUGGAAGCCUCAAAGUUAUAUCCUGAUUACAAAUAUACUUCUGUGGACAAUUUACUCGACAUUUGCUUGGUCAAUCCUUCCAAGCCUCAAUUAUCUUCAUUUGCCUAAUUUCUUCGUAAAUUUAUUUCUGUAUUAUAUAUGUUCCACAAAAUAAAUUGUAUCGAUGAAUAUGUCUAGCUUUUGCACUUCUCAAAAUAAAGUCUGCUUUCAUAUA